CGGAACACAGGCGUGACGGAGCGGAGGCUGGAUACCGCGCAGAGGUGGAGGCUGGACACCGCGCAGAGCUGGAGGUUGAACGUCGGAUUCUCUGCAGUCUUACAAGAAGACUGACAUUCUGAGAGAUAACAAAUUCAUCAGUGCUGCAGACUUCAUUUUUCCCUGGAGUCCCACUAGUGGAGAGUUGUGCAAAUCUUUUUUGGAUAUGUCAGUAAGGAUGGAAAUGGAUAUUAGUGGAGUGUCCAGGGCGCAUGUCUCCAUUCUUCCUGCACCUGACCUCAAAGCUACAUUGAAACCAGAAGCGGAGAGACCUCGCUGUGCCAGCACCCCGUGUUCACCCAUCAGAGGUACUGUUGCAGGAUACCAGAUCCUCCACAUGGACUCAAACUAUCUGGUAGGCUUCACCACUGGUGAGGAGCUGCUCAAGUUGGCUCACCAGUGGUCAGAAGGCACUCCAGAGAAGGUCUCUGUACCAGAGGCCGUGGCCAGCUCCAUCCAGAGCACCGUCCCAAAGUCUGUGGACUUGGGCAUCCACCGGUCUUCACGAAUCUUCAAAGGCAAAAACCGCUACUAUCAACCCUACGACAUUCCUGCUGCCAAUGGGCGAAGACGGAGGCGUAUGCCCAGCUCGAGUGACACCUUCCUCAGAGCUCUGGCCCACGGGGAGCCUGGGAGGAGUCUGCAUGCGCCACUACCCCUGUGUCUGCUUAAAGGGAAGAGGGCCCAAUCCAAGUCUCUGGACUACCUAAAUCUGGACAAAAUAAGUAUCAAAGAGUCGUCAGACACUGAGGUGUUACAGUACCAACUGCAGCAUCUCACCCUGCGAGGGGAGCGCAUGUUUACCAGAAACAAGACAUGAAAGCACAGUGAAAGGCCUUUUUUUUAGGUGUCUUUCACCCUCUUGGGGAUUUAGGUGCUAUUUCAAGCUUGCUUUCUUUCUACUCAGAUUAGAAGCAGUUCUUUAAGAAGACAGUCUGAUAAUCUUGUUAUAUUAUUAACUGGGGGUUUUACCUUGUACUGUACACAUAAUGUUGUGAAUAAAAUCCUUAAAUUACUCCUCACAUUGUAAUGAGGUUGUUGAGGUUAAAAAAUGUGAAUUAUAGAAAUUUAGCAAUAACUGGUGAACCUAUUUAUUGACAGUGUUGUGUGUUUGUACUGGUAUGGAGACGCACUGAUACAUCAGCUUACAGCUGAUCAAAGCACACAUACUGUAUCGGCUUUAAAAUGCACCAAUGCUAUCAGUCCAAUAAUACUUACUGCUUAUCUGUGAGGAGUUGUUUUAGUGGAAGUUUUGUCAGGUUAUGGCACUACAUAAAACUGUCAAAUUAACAAGAUAACACUUUUAUUAUCCUGCUAAUUUGUUGAGUUAUUGCUGUUUUGUUGCUGUCAGUCAAUAUUAAUGGUUUUUGAACCAAACCAUUUACUAUAAGAUGGGCAUAUGUACAAAAAAACAAAACAAAAAAAGGUUAGUGAUACUCCAUUCAAAAUCUGCUUGGUAAAGAUCCAGUAUGUAAGAUUUAGUGGCAUCUAGUGGUGAUGUUGCAGACUGCAACCAAGUGCUCACCAAGCAUGUACGACAAGGAUGAUCAAUUACAUUCGUCCAAGGGCCAUAGACACUGUGGGGUCUGGACUUUCAAAUAAAUUAGUUAGCCUAUUAUUAAUAUAAUUAUUAUUAUUAAUUGAUGUUUUCACUUUCUUACAAACUAAUGUUCAUUAUGAUAAGUAGAUAUUUAAGUAGAAAAUGCUCUUAGGCCUCUGUCAUUUCUCAAUACAAAACCCACAGUUCAACUGCCAAUGAAUGAGUCCUUUUCUGAAGAAAAGCUUCUAUUUGGGAUCGCAGGAAGCAAACAAAAAAUAAACGCAAGUGAAUAAACCCUCUUGUGUCUAAUAGACAAGCUCAGUGAUACCCUGACAGCUCUGGAGUUGGUCAGUGUGCUGCUGUCGGCUCCAGGGACUGUUCAGCCUUGCAGCCCAGCGAUUUGAUGGUGGAUCCACAGUGUAGAGAGGAUGGAGUUGGAGAGUAAUGUGUUUCUGUAGAAUGGGUGAACUGUGCAGUCCAGACUUUUUGGCUUGCUGCCAGGAGUUGGCAAGCCUCUUUUGGUGGUGAGUGACUUUAGAUGUACACAUGUUCUGAAUUUAUGAAUAUUCUGUCGGAUUGAUGGGGAUCUUUGGCAAGCCAGAUGUGGCCCACAGGCCACCAGUUAAUGAUCAGUGGUGUAGAAGGCCCGACAGUGGCCACUAAAACACGAAAGGCCCUUUUUCAAUGGCUCAAUGACUCCAUGGAAGAGGACCUGCUCCCUCUGUAGAUAAAAAGGACUCAUUCUAAGAUGACAAAACACAGUUCUUAUCUUCAAGUGAUUAUACACUAACGAAAUGAUUAUUAUGAAUGUUCUAUCCCAUUUCUACCAAUAGGUCCUUCUAAAUCCUCCACACUGGACAUGGAGGGCCCAGUGUACACACUGACAAGUAUAGGUAAAGAUACAGUAUGUGUAUUAAAGGUCAUCUUAGGCACAGAGCUCUUGUUAAUUAAGCCCCAAAACACUGCCUGAAGGUCCCUGGGGCUAUAAAUCAGUUGAAAUCUUAAGACACAUCUUUUUACCAUUUCUUACUUGUCAAUUUUUUUUGAGCUGAUGAUUGUUUUAUCUCGUCAUAUCCUGCUUUUUGAAAUUAAAUUUUGUUUUCCUUGA